AUGGAGGACGAGGAUCUGGAAAAGGUCAUGUGGAAUGUGCUACAAAAGUUUGGUUUAGAUGAGAGAAAGCUUGCUGUUUUCGAUGUUUCAGAGUCUGGAGUGAUAGCUGGACAAAUCUGCGAGCAUUUAGGACUUAUUUGUGAAGGUUUGCAUGUUGAUAUUGUAGCUGGAUGGGUGCAGUCAAUUUCAGCGUCGGAGCCUUACCAGAAACGUUUGCGUGGAGACCUCCAACAAGAUCCACUUGAGAUUGGAAGCCAUCUGCAUAAAAGUUUCAUGUCGUCAAAAUCCAGUUCGAGUGCAAGUCAUGCUAAAGGCACCAGGCUUGUUGAUGAACUUUGGAUGCCUGUCAGUGUGAGACAGAGAAUCAAGAGGGAUCAGGCUGCGGCGAAACAGGAGCAUGAAACUUCGUUGAAGGACAGAUGGUCUAAAGAGCUAUAUAAAGAGCUUAUCAAGGUAGAUGCACCAGUUUUACAAGGGAUGCAAUUUUGCGUUGGACAGGAACGUUUGCAUGUUGCCAUAGCAGGGAAGACUAGAUCAAGCACCUUGAAGAGGUACUUGAAGGCAUGGAGAGACUGGCAGACAUGGAAAGACAAUACUUGGAGUGCAGAUGCUUUGAAUCAUCCUGGUAUGUUUUGUGAGUAUUUAUUUUGUCGUUUCGAUGAACCUUGUGGUGCAAGUAUACCAAAUUUCAUUUGCAAAGCUGUUGCAUGGUUUGAGAAGAUUGCUGGUUUCAAAGAAGCUGAAUUGGUUGCCACGAUGCGAGUGGUAACACAAGUGAGAGAUUACAUAACUGAGAAGCUGGCAGCAGAAGCUCCUCCAGUUCGCAGGGCUCCUAGAUAUCCAUCAGUUGUCAUUGAGGCAUUGGAGGCAACAGUCAUUGAUACGGAGCUUUCAGUGGGCAUGCGUGUAAUGGCUUGGGCGAAACUGUUGAAGAUUUGGGGUGCAUUGCGUUUUGAUGACAUGCAGAAGAUCAACCCGUCACAAUUGCAUAUGACAGGUGGUAGGAUGACAACUACGUUGAGGGUCACAAAGACAUCAGGCCCUGGAAAACGUGUGCAGGAGCUGCCGGUUUGCAUCUCAGAGUAUGCAUUUGUCUGGGACGUAGAUUGGAUUCAACAAGGUUUCAGUCUUUUGAAGACGCAUGCAAGUUUCGAAAGGGACUAUCUACUCCCGAAGUUGACGGAGGACUGGAGUGGUUUUCAACAGAAAUAUGCUACAUAUCAGGAUGUCAGUUCUUAUUCUUGUCAUUUGAGAAAGAGACUGACCAGUUAUUAUGAUUUCAAUGCAGUGCUGCCUGAAGACUUAUCUUCCUUUUGGACGGAGCAUAGUGAGCGUGCCACGUUGCCAACAGCGUUAGCGGUGUUGGGUGUGGAGAACAAGAAAAGGGAUCUGGUGGGACGUUGGAAGCCCGAAGCAAGUGAUACAUACAUCAGAUCAUACAAUGGACUGGUGGCACAAUUGCAGAGCAAGUGUGGGAAGGCUUUCAGGAAACCUAAUAGGUUCAGGAUUCUGGAUGAAAUAGAUAUUGCUGAGAGCGCUGAAGCAUGGUUGAGGUAUAGGAAAACAGAGAUUGCGGAACAAGAGCGUAGCGACAUAUUGCAGCGCUUGAUGGAGACCAUGGACUCCUUUGCGAUACAGGCUGAGCCGCUCAUUCAACUUGGGCAGGAAAAUGAUGCAGAGCAGUUGGAGCCUCUGGAAGAGGUGACAGAGGGUGAUGAGAGCUCAGGUGAGACUUCUUCGGAUACAAGCGAUUCAGAGACAACUGUGGUGGGACCACGUACACUGGCAGAAUCUUUGAAGCUGGGGAGUUCAGACCUGAGAUUUACUUUGAGCCGAAACGAAGUUCCAGAUGAGAUGCAAGCACAUUUCUUCGAGAAUGGUGUUACAAGUGUCAGCAAGUUUUCUUCGUUUUUCAGAGAUGAAACAGAUUUGAUCACGGUGCUGAGAGAUGAAUUCAAUGUGGAUGCUGCGAAUGCCUUAGCAGAUCGUGCAAAGGUAGCUGCAGUGAUAUGUUCAUGGAAAGACACAGUCACAAAGGCAAAACGUCAAUCAGAGGUGGAGGCAGAGAUGAACUCCAGGGAAUGGACCAAACCCAUUCCAGCUGGGGACUAUGUGCAGCUUAGAAACUUCUUUCAAACUGCAAUUGGACAUGUGGAAGAUCGGGUGAUGCCUUCGAAAGAAUACUUGGAAAAGAAAUUACAAGAACUGGAAAAUGGUGAGUUUAGAGCUGAGACCUUGUCAGAGGUGGUUUCAAAGGACGAAAUUGACCCAGACGUCCUUGUUCCAGUUUUCGAUAGCAAAGGAAGUUUGUCAGUGAAAAAGGGCAGCACCACAGUGGCUAUGCCAACUGGGCCGGAGCAACUUCGUCGUCGCCUCAGUGUCAUGCAGAACUGUUUGAUGAUGUUAGCACUGAAGUAUGUUAGCAGAGAGGAAAUCCAAGAUGUUACAAAAGACGUUUUUGAUCGAUACAAAGACUACAUCUUGGGUGACUAUGUGUGGGGCUUGAGUUCGACAGAUUUGAAUGGACAGCAGAUUCAAACGCCACCUUGGAGUUUGGUACUAUCAUAUGAACAUGCUGUGCGUAAAAGGGCAUACAGCCUUAUGUUGACCGAGCGCUUGAUGCUGGGUGCGGCACUGGAGAGGGCCUGGAAACUUACUUGGACAGAAAGGAGAAAGGCCAACUGUGGAAACAACAUGACAGACUUUUCAUAUGAGGUUUGCAAAGCUGUAAGGAAAGAGAACGUCAUACUGAUUUUUGAGAAUCCGGAGGAUCUUGGAGCAGUACAACAAGGCCCGUUUGAGGGAGUGAGACCUGCAAGCAUGUGGCAAUGGCCAAUUUUCUGGGACUUGAUUGAAUCUGGUGAUUUUCUAACAUGCGCCUUUUAUCAGCAAGAUUUUGGAACAAAUUAUUUGAAACCGACGCGCCUCUUGCUGAAGAAUGUGGAGGUGGAUGCAGACCUUUUCAAGGUGGGAAAGCCAUGUUUUGAUAGUCAAGGUUUUUACAAGGGCCCCCUAAUCAAGCGACCAGCAACAGUGGCGCUUAUAGGACAGCAUGCAGGACGCUUUACCACAGCUGGAACAGAACAAUGGCCGAGCGCGUUUUGCAAAUGGGUGGCACAUAAAAUUUUGACUUUUUGGACAUCACUGACAACGGAUGCGGGUAUGGGAGCCGCAACAGAGUUUUCCAAAGAUCUGAAAGAAGAGUACCCAACAACCACUGCAGAGGGUUGGAAGAUUCAUGGGGGAGAAGGAGAAUCCAGAAAGUGCGAGGUGCCAGGUAAGGUACGUUGGUUUCAUGAUGGAUGCGGCCUUGCAUCACCAGGCAGAUGGGAUUUGGAAAAGAGGAUAUGGAACAGAGAUUGUUUCUGGGAAAGCUUGCGGAAGGGAUCCAUGGAGAUCAUAUUGCAACAAUGCGGGGGUAUACAAAACUUGGACAGAAUGUGCUUUGAGAUGGCAGCGAAAGGAGAAGAAGGAUGCACACUGGUGAAGAAUGUAAAGGUUAAACAGCAGCUGGUAGAAUUUUGGAGCAACAGCCUUGCGAAAGAGGGAUACGAUGUACAAGGUUUGACAGACAUAGCCGCAGGGCAACCUUUUCGACUCAAGCUUAUGGAAGCUUUGCUGGACAGAGCAGGGGAUCCAGAUCACAGUUUCUUGCUUGAGGGAGCGACAGGCUUCCCGGUGGGGGUCAUAAAGCCCCUGCCGAGAACCCCUCACAUGUAUGAGGAGCAGACAUCUUGGAAGCUAGAAGAUGAUCCAUAUAUGAAAUCUGAAGUAUGGAGGGAUAACUAUGAGUCGGUAGGCGAUCACGAAGACUUUGUGAGACAACAGUUUGAAGAUGAAUGCAGUGAAGGUCUUAUGGAGAAGCUUACACUGGAUCAAGCCAAACAACGUUUUGGCGACAGGAUCGCCAUUUCUUCACUGGCAGUGCUUGUGGAAGAGGCUCAUGGAAACAAAAGAAGGGUGAUACACGACGCCACCCACGGGACGAAGAUCAACAAUAGAAUAAAAUGCCGUGACAAACAGAGGAGAACCUUCGGAGUUGCUUCAGCAAGCUAUUGGUGGGGCCGAAUUGCAGGGGCAGGUAUCCGUUUGGUGCAUGAGUUCUUGGGACCUGGAAUGCCGAUAGAAAUGCUCAUCUUUGCGGACGACUUGGAAUCUUUGGGCGCAGGAAUACGUGGCAGACGCGGAACAGUGCUUUCAUUCUUGUUUUUAUCCACUCUUGGCUUCCCCUUCAAGUGGGCUAAACAACGUGGUGGGUUAAAAGUGGAAUGGAUAGGGCUAUACACCGAUUACACUACGAUGCGCUUAGGGCUUUCUCCAAAGAGGGCUGCAUGGAUGGAGGGCUGGACACGUAAGCUGGCUUCCACCGGCCGGGUUACGGCCAAGGAGAUGGAGCAAGGUUUGGGAAGGCUUGGAUUUGCGGCCAAUGCUUUGACCUGGGAGAGACCUUUUCUUGGACCUUUAUACUCUUGGACAGCAGCGAUUAGGAACAAAACUGGAGUGCUUAGAAUUCCCACGAUGUUGAGGACCAUACUUUGGUUUCUGGCAGACAGAACAGCGGAAGGGGGAAGCUUGCAAUCACCGCCGCCUUUGAGAGAGGGCAAGGAGGACAAUGUAAUUUUCUAUACAGAUGCAAAGGCAACGGAGAAGGGAGCUUGGGUUGGCGGUUUUCUGCAAACCUCAGAUGGACAGAUAGGUGAAUGGUUUUCAGAAGAAGUGGAAGAAGCAUGGGCACCUUGGUUGUUUCUCAGAAAGGACCCGAAGAGGGUCAUAGCAGCGCUGGAGAUGUUGGCAACCCUCAUAGCCGUCAGACUAUGGGCAAAGGGAUUGCCGGUUGGAGGAAAAGGAAAAUGCUGGGUAAAAGGGAGCACCGACAAUCUCUCCAAUGCCUAUGCGGUUAGCAAAUGGAUGAGCACGAAAUAUCCUCUUACCAUUUUAAUAAUGGAAUUGUCAGAGACUUGA